GGCACCGCCUCCUCGUCUGCUCAGUCCCAUGUCCAUGUGAUGCAAGCGGUUGGAUGCGUGUUUCCCCCAUUUUCCUCCGCGUCCUUGCUCGUGCGUGUCUGCUACCCGUUCUUCCUCCUGCCUGCUCCUUCCUGCGGACUUCGUCUCCUCUUCCCCACUCGGAGCUACCAAAUCCCACCCCUUCCCAUCCCCACUACUACUAGUACUCCCCCUCCCCCUUCCCCUUCGCUCCGUUCUCCAUUGCCACCGCCGGCUUGUCCCCUCCUCGCCCCUUCAGCUCCUUCAGACUUGUUCAUCCAAGAGAGGAGGAGGAGGACUGGAGGAGGCAUCCGCCGCCAUUACUCUCACCUCACCUGCUUGCGCGUUUGACUCGUCCUCGACUCGGAGUCGAAUGAUCAACCACUGACCGAUACGAGCUCCACUUCCCCCAUGGCCUCCAACGGCGGCGGCGGCGGCGUCCUCCGCCACAGCAACAGCAGCCGCCUCUCGCGCAUGUCCUACUCCGGCGAGGACGGCCGCGGCGCCCAGGCCCCCGCCGGCGACCGCCCCAUGGUCACCUUCGCCCGCCGCACCCACUCCGGACGCUACGUCAGCUACUCCCGCGACGACCUCGACAGCGAGGUCGGCGGCAUCGGCGACUUCUCCCCCGAGCACCAGGAGUUCCUCAGCUACCACGUCCACAUCCCGGCCACCCCCGACAACCAGCCCAUGGAUCCCGCCAUCUCCGCCCGCGUCGAGGAGCAGUACGUCUCCAACUCCCUCUUCACCGGCGGCUUCAACAGCGUCACGCGCGCCCACCUCAUGGACAAGGUCAUCGAGUCCGAGGCCAGCCACCCGCAGAUGGCCGGCGCCAAGGGAUCCUCCUGCGCCAUCAACGGAUGCGACGCCAAGGUCAUGAGCGACGAGCGCGGCGAGGACAUCCUCCCCUGCGAAUGCGACUUCAAGAUCUGCGCCGAGUGCUUCGGCGACGCCGUCAAGAACGGUGGUGGCGUCUGCCCUGGGUGCAAGGAGCCGUACAAGAACACGGAGCUGGAGGAUGUGGUCGGCGGCGCGGCUGGGGCGAGGGCCACGCUGUCGCUGCCACCACCACCCGGUGCUGGUGGUGCUGCCGCGUCCAGGAUGGAGAGGCGGCUGUCGAUAAUGCGGUCGCAGAAGGCCUUGACCAGGAGCCAGACUGGGGACUGGGAUCACAACCGGUGGCUCUUUGAGACAAAAGGGACAUAUGGGUAUGGCAAUGCCAUAUGGCCCAAGGAGAAUGAGGUGGAGAGCGGUGGUGGUGGUGGAGGCGGCCUAGGUGGAGCCGACGGCCAGCCAGCCGAGUUCACCACCAAGCCAUGGAGGCCGCUCACCCGGAAGCUUUCCAUCCCUGCUGGCAUCCUUAGCCCAUACAGGCUUCUCAUUCUAAUCCGUAUGGCCGUGCUCGGUCUGUUCCUUACAUGGAGAAUUAGGCACAAGAAUGAGGAUGCAAUUUGGCUGUGGGGCAUGUCUGUUGUUUGUGAACUCUGGUUUGGCUUUUCAUGGCUGCUUGAUCAGUUGCCAAAGCUGUGCCCUGUGAACCGAGCAACCGACCUUGCUGUCCUCAAAGACAAGUUUGAGACCCCAACACCGUCGAACCCUACUGGACGAUCAGAUCUACCAGGGCUUGAUAUAUUCGUGUCCACUGCUGAUCCAGAGAAAGAACCGCCAUUGGUCACAGCAAACACUAUCCUUUCCAUCCUUGCUGCUGACUACCCUGUGGAGAAGCUUUCUUGCUAUGUUUCUGAUGAUGGAGGGGCUCUCCUGACAUUUGAAGCCAUGGCUGAAGCUGCUAGUUUUGCCAACAUGUGGGUUCCUUUCUGUCGCAAGCACAACAUUGAGCCUCGCAAUCCUGAGAGCUACUUCAAUCUGAAGAGGGAUCCAUACAAGAAUAAGGUUCGUCAGGAUUUUGUCAAGGAUAGGAGGAGGGUUAAGAGGGAGUAUGAUGAGUUCAAGGUCAGGAUCAAUGGGCUGCCUGAGUCAAUCCGCCGUCGCUCCGAUGCUUACCAUGCCAGGGAGGAAAUUAAGGCGAUGAAGAGGCAGCGAGAGACUGCUCUUGAUGAUGCUGUGGAGCCUGUUAAGAUCCCUAAAGCUACCUGGAUGGCUGAUGGCACGCACUGGCCUGGUACCUGGAUCCAGCCUUCUGCUGAGCACACACGUGGUGACCAUGCUGGAAUAAUUCAGGUGAUGCUGAAACCUCCUAGUGAUGAUCCCUUGUAUGGCAGCACUGGUGAAGAAGGCAGACCUCUUGAUUUCACUGAGGUUGACAUCCGUUUGCCAAUGUUGGUCUACGUGUCCCGAGAGAAGCGCCCUGGUUAUGACCACAACAAGAAGGCUGGUGCGAUGAAUGCCCUAGUCCGUUCAUCUGCUGUGAUGUCAAAUGGCCCCUUCAUCCUCAACCUCGACUGUGACCACUAUGUUUACAACUCCCAAGCUUUCCGUGAAGGCAUGUGCUUCAUGAUGGAUCGUGGCGGUGACCGUAUUGGCUAUGUCCAGUUCCCACAGCGGUUCGAAGGCAUUGAUCCAUCAGAUCGGUAUGCUAACCACAACACUGUCUUCUUUGAUGUCAACAUGCGUGCACUGGAUGGUCUCAUGGGACCAGUCUAUGUGGGCACUGGCUGUCUCUUCCGCCGUGUUGCGCUAUAUGGAUUUGACCCUCCACGCGACAAGGAACAUGGUGGCUGCUGCAGCUGUUGCUUCCCCCAGAGACGCAAGGUCAAGACUUCAGCUGCUGCACCGGAAGAAACCCGGGCACUGCGUAUGGCAGACUUUGAUGAGGAUGAAAUGAACAUGUCAUCAUUCCCCAAGAAGUUUGGUAACUCGAACUUCCUCAUCAACUCUAUUCCAAUUGCUGAAUUCCAAGGGCGCCCGCUAGCUGAUCACCCUGGUGUCAAGAACGGCCGCCCUCCGGGUGCUCUCACUGUCCCCCGGGACCUUCUUGAUGCCUCCACAGUUGCUGAGGCCAUCAGUGUCAUCUCAUGCUGGUAUGAAGACAAGACUGAGUGGGGCCACCGUGUCGGUUGGAUCUAUGGUUCAGUCACAGAGGAUGUGGUCACUGGAUACCGGAUGCACAACCGUGGAUGGAAGUCAGUGUACUGUGUAACCAAGCGCGAUGCCUUCCGUGGCACUGCACCCAUCAAUCUCACUGACCGUCUCCACCAGGUGCUCCGAUGGGCUACUGGUUCAGUGGAAAUCUUCUUCUCCCGCAACAAUGCGCUGCUCGCAAGCCGCAAGAUGAAGUUCCUUCAGAGGAUUGCAUACCUGAACGUUGGCAUCUACCCGUUCACAUCAAUCUUCCUCAUUGUCUACUGCUUCCUGCCGGCGCUCUCCCUCUUCUCGGGGCAGUUCAUCGUGAAGACACUCAACGUGGCCUUCCUGACCUACCUGCUGGUGAUCACCCUGACGCUGUGCCUUCUGGCAGUGUUGGAGAUCAAGUGGUCAGGGAUCAGCCUGGAAGAGUGGUGGCGUAACGAGCAGUUCUGGCUGAUCGGAGGUACAAGCGCCCACCUUGCUGCGGUGCUCCAGGGGCUUUUGAAGGUGAUUGCGGGCAUUGAGAUCUCCUUCACGCUGACAUCCAAGUCAGGCGGCGACGACGAGAACGACGAGUUUGCGGACCUGUACAUCGUGAAGUGGACCUCGCUGAUGAUCCCGCCAAUCGUGAUCAUGAUGGUGAACCUGAUCGCCAUCGCGGUGGGGUUCAGCCGGACCAUCUACAGCGAGAUCCCACAGUGGAGCAAGCUCCUGGGUGGUGUGUUCUUCAGCUUCUGGGUGCUGGCCCACCUGUACCCGUUCGCCAAGGGGCUGAUGGGGAGGAGGGGCCGGACGCCGACCAUCGUCUUCGUCUGGGCAGGCCUCCUGUCCAUCACCAUCUCGCUGCUGUGGGUGGCCAUCAACCCGCCGUCGCAGAACUCCCAGAUCGGUGGAUCAUUCACGUUCCCGUGAGCGAUCACUCUUGCAUGAAUUUCUUGCGCUGGUGGGAAGGGAAGUUCUGACUGUUGAAAUGAUUAGGUGCUUUUGUUGGAAUUGAUAGUACUAUAUAUAUCAUGAGUUACCAUAGUUCUUUUGUUCUUUAAUUUUUGCCCUGUACCAAUAUGAGAAUUGGUUCUGUUGGACCAUGAAACGAGUACAAAUUUCCAUGUUCCUGGCUA